AUGGCAACAUCCAUUACAUUUAAAUGCGGCGUGUGUGAUUCUCAGCAUAUCACAAAAGAUGCAGAACAUUGGUGCCCUGACUGUGAGGAAGGUUUUUGUUCUAACUGUCUUAUUUUUCACAAUUCGUCCAAGCUUUUACGAGGCCAUGGUGUUAUCUCCAUAGAAAAUUAUAAAAAAUUACCACAGUACAUAACAAGUAUACGUCAGCACUGUCCAGACCAUGAUAGAAAGUAUCAGAACUAUUGUCAAAUCCAUGAGGUCCCAUGUUGUCCAUUCUGUAUAUCAACAAGCCAUAGCGAAUGUAAAGGAUUACAAGUCUUGGAAGAAGUCGUGAAGACAUCGGAAUUGUCCAGUCAUUUCGAAGACAUGAAACUGACUUUAAGAGAUCUAGAGAAUAACAUUGAUAGGAUAAAGAUUGACCGCGAGGAAAAUCUGAAAAGUAUUCUUGAACAGGGAAACAAAGUCAAGAGUGAAAUCAAACAGGUACGCCAACAAAUAAAUGCACACCUCGAUAAACUUGAAGGGCUAGCACUUGCAAAUUUAAAAUCUACUGAAGAUAAAGUCAAAAGCCAAAUUGAAACUAUAUUAAGUAAACUCUCCCACAGCAGUAGAGAAAUCAAAGAUGCAGAGAAUAUUAUUUCAGCAAUGACGGACUUUGCCUCAGAUUUACACAGAUUUCUUGGGAGGAAACAGAUUGAAGCAGAAGUAUCAAAGUCAGAGAGGUCCGUCACUUCCUUAGUGGAAGAUGGAAGUCUGCAACAAGUUACUCUGAACUGUAGUAUUAAUAGUAAUGUUACUGAAAUUUUAUCCUCUAUUUCCUCUUUUUGUACAAUAUCAACUGAAUUAAAUAAUCCAAGUAUUAUUCUAAAGAAAGAAAAAGAAAAGCAGGCUCAGAUCAUGAGAUUUCAACCUACAGCUCACAAUUUUUACUUUACCGGAGGGAAAACAGCCUACCAUUAUAACGGGGUGUACAAUAAACCAGUCAGGAAAAAUGGUAUUUGCGGAUUAUACUUUCAACCAGCGACUUAUUAUUCUGAAUGCUGA